AUGUCAGAAAUUACUACCUGGCCUUCUCUUUAUUGGCCUUUUGAUAAUGGGACUUAUUUAUACCAAGCAAGUGGUAAUAAAAAAUUCGUAAAUGUUAUUGUAGAUAUUUGGAUGUUUACUACCAUUUGGACCUUAAUAUUUUUUACAUCCAUAUAUGGUCUCGCAGGAUUAUGGACUUGGGUUGUCUUUCGUAAAUAUAGAUGGUCAUUCCUAUUUCCAAUAGGAUUUAUUAUUAUAGCACUGUUAACGGGAUUUAUUAACAGUGCAAUAAUUG